UAACAGACUUGAAGGAAUUGGAGGAUAAUGGGAUUGUUGUAUCAAAUGAAACAGUCAAGGGAACCUUGUAUUGCAUUGCUGGAGAUAAUUUGGGCUCCCAUUGCAUCGGUGGAUUCACUGAAAAUUUCAGCACCUCAAAAUAUUUCUGUAGGUACUGCUUAAUAAACAGAUCUGACUUUCAGGGUGAUCCAAAUCUGUGUGGACCAGAGAGGACUAUUGAGAACUACAAUUCUGCUGUUGAUCGCCUCCAGACCGAAGAAAUGGAUAAUCCAGAGAAAAUCAACAUUCGCAGUGCCAUCACAAAUGUGAUACCAGACCUCCCAGCCUCAGUAUUGGAUAAUUUAGUGGAGACACUCCAAUCAUUGGGGGUAGAGACCAGCGAGGAUUUUCACUUCAUCCAGGAAGCUGAUCUGCUUUCAACACUGAGACCAAUUCAAGCAAGAAGAUUGGUAGCUGCCUGGAAACAAACCACACAAACCAAUGAAGGCCAUAGCCAGUCAGCAUUGUCUCCUCCAUCUUCCUCAACAUGCUCUUCAGUCAGUCUCUCCCCGUCGAUUACUGCUGCAGACUGGGUUGACGACUUCCAGAUCCCAUGGACAAAGUUUCCUGAAGGCUUGAUGCAGUGUUUAGAGAGGGGGAAAAGGCCAAGUCCAUGGCUACGCAGAGAAAUGGUCCGGAUUGUUGUUAAUUUCAUGAUGGAAGCCUGUGCCUCUCCCAAUACAAAAGCCUCCAUAGAAGUUGCCAAAAAAAUGGUUGCAAAGUAUCCACAGUCACUGCAAGAUGUCAUAGCAGGUGAUGUGAUUGGACAAGGAUAUCACUCACUAGUCAAGCAAUUACAAGCCCGGAUUGAAAAUGUGAAGCGGUCUUCAACACCAAGGAUUAAGAAGCGCAAACAGGGGUCAGAAGAGUACGAAACAGAUGAAAUCCCAGCUGAACAAAGGGCAGCUAAGCAGGACACCUAUGGUUGCAUAAAGUGGGACAUGAAAUAUAUGCCAGUGAGUGAGACACCAGAAAGCCAACAAGAGAAGACCAAAUGAAA